CACUAUACUAAGGAAUCAUCAGGAAACUGGGGAGCAAAGCGUGCGCGCCAGGCCUGCCAAGAGUAAAAAAUUUUUAAUUAAACCUUCAGGGGAACUGGGCGGUGAGCCCCAGAGCUUAAUUUGUCACUUAGCGGCGGCUCUCCUCAGGACCCAGGCGAAGAGAGCCCUGGGCGGAACCAAUGCCACCAUCCCGUGAUUGUGACCAGCGCGCGGAUGCUGCGGGCGGGGGGCUCAAGGGAGCGGGUAGUCAGACGCCGGCCAGCCGCCCGAGGAGUGAAAACUAACAAAGGGCUAAUCGCGCACCAGAGCCCCCCGGAGCGGAAGCAACGCCUCCCCGCCGCCCCCGCCCCGCGACCCUCCCCAAGUUCGGGCCGGCAGAGGACUCGCUGCGGGGCCUGCGGCCAGGCCGGGACCGGAUCCGCGGUCGGGUUGCUGGAAACAGGCCGAGCCUCCACCCCCACCUUCGCGGCCGCCGUGCAGGAUCGAAUCCAGCCUCAGCCCGCGGGAAGCACCCCCCCCCAAGCCCGGGCCUCGCUCCCUAUUGGCAGAGAGAAAAGUCGACCAGGCUUCCAAUUGGCUGCAAGGGCUGUUCGUCAAAAGCCGCCCACGGCCCGGCCUCGCCCCUCUCCCUGCACCUUCCGACCUCUCAGCUGGUUUGCUAGUCCUGACCGCUCAAUGCCCGCACUGUGCGGAUCUGGAGCCGUGGCUACCCGACGGCCAUUAGCGCUGUUGGGCCAACUGGAGAUGCUGUUAUCAGGCACAUCUGCUUUGGGUCUGGAGCUGCCACUGUGUUUGACCUCUUCAAAAAAAUAAUAAUUUGUGACAGAUCUGCAAAAAUAAAUAUAUUGACCCUAGAAGGAUAUCUGGUAUAUGACCAGACAAUGACAGAACUAAGAUACCAAAAGAGCUGUGCUCUUCCUCAUUGAGAACCUGACAUCUUCAGAACUACGACACCACAGCCACUGUCUGGAAGCUACCAGAAUCAAGAAGCUGCCACUUCCACAGCCAGCUCCAGAGUCACACCUUACCAACUGUAAUCUGAACCAGCAAAAUGGAUGCACCACCCAUGCUUCUUGAUGUUCACAAAGCUAAUGACUGAACAAUGAGAACUCUGUUAUCUCUGAUACAGAAGAAAAAAUUUUCUCCACAGCUAUGCCUAUCAGAGAAACAGACUUCCAGAUCUUACACGAAAGUGUUUGUUUGUUGAAACCUACAUACUUCCAUAAAACUAGCUGCAACAGAGUCUGGAGAAUGUGAUUUUUGGCUUACCAGUCCUCUGCCCUACAGGAAGCAUACUUGAAGCUUGAAGGAGGAUGAAAUGGCUGUUAGGUGCAAGCCUGUUUAUGUUCCAUACUCACCUAAAAAAAAUGAAUGUUUGGUUUAAGUAGACCAUGCAUUUUGUGCUGCACAUUUAUAGAACACUGAAAUUAUACAUAUAUGUAAUAUAUGUAUAUAUAAUUUAUAUAUAUAUAAAGCUCCAUGAUGACAGAAAAAUUGUAUGAUCAAAUCUCAGAUCCCAGGCAGGCCAUUUUAGCACAACUUCUUGCAAGGGAAAAAACAUUUUAAUGAUUGGCUAUUUUGCCUCCCAUCUAUCUAGUAUUAUUACCCACUAUUUUCUAGAUCAGUACUCUCAAACUUUAAUGUGCACAUAAAUCACCUGGGAAUCUUACGAUAAUGCAGAUUCUGAUUCAGUAAAUUGGAAUAGAGCCUGUGAUUCUGCAUUUCUAACAAGCUCCCAGGUGAUGCUGAUGCUGCUGAUAUGAAGACCACAUUUUGAAUACCAUUUUAUAAGCCCUGUCCAACCAGGUUGCCCAAUGAAUGGAGUAUGCUGAGAUAAUGAUUCCCUUCAACACUAGGGGCAGUUAGGUUAGGCCAGGUGCAGGCAGAGCCUCCAGACCAGAUGGCUCCAGCUUACAUCAGUGUGCAAUAUUAAUAUUUUCUACCUGUGCUGUGAUGUGGGAAGCAUUUGAAUAAAUGUUUGAAUAAAUAUGUCCAUUAUUGAGUCUUGGUCAAGUAUUGGCCAGUAUAUAUGCUCUUUGUGGAAUCUUUUAUUAGUCACAGAUUUUUUUUUUAAUAUUAAGUAUUCUUUCAACAAAUUAAGAGAACUAAAAAUAGAAAUAAUCAACUUACAUAUCACCAAAUUAACUGUUGUAAUAAUUUUUUUUUAUUGAAGUAUAGUUGAUUUACAUCUUGUAAUAAAGAUGUACAGUGAGAAAAGAAAGUACUAAUACAGUAUGUUAUCUCAUUCUGAAAGCAAAUCUUAAGAUGGCUUCAGCUGUUCUGCCAAUGACACCAGAAUGACCAUAGGAAGGGAGAAGGAAGUCAAUCUGCUUGAUUGUUUCCACAGUGCAAUGCUUUUGAAAAGCAAAGUGAAAAGAAGUGAAAAUUUACAAAAAUGGUAUUUAGAAAUGUUUCUGCAUAAAUACCAAUGUGUACCUGUACAAUUCAGACAUCUUAAUAGACAGAUAGAUAGAUACAUGUGUGUUUGUGUAUAAAUAUAUGUUUGGGAGGGUUGUGGGGUUUUUUUGGUUUUGGUUUUGUUUUGUUUUGUUUUUUUGGUUUUGUCCUGGAAACAGUAAGACAAACUCAAGUCAUUUUAAACUAGGUAAGGCAACAGUUCUACCUAAUCAAAUUGAGUUCUUUUCACAAGUGGUAACAUUUCGACCACUCCUUAAACCCCUUUUAUACCCCCAUUUCUCAAUACUAUCAACCAGCUGGAGGUGGAAUACUAAGGGGGUAAUUGUCAGGUGAGCAAAGAAGAGAAUUUUGUAACCACAGCCUUACAUGGAGAGCAGUCUUGUAUGUACUAUGGUGUGGGGUUCUGAAUGGUCAUGGCACCUUGGGUAUUGUAUGUCAAGGGAAGGAGGGCAAGGAAAGCUAAGAUCACCAGAGAUAAAUUUCACCUACUUCACAACUUUAAAAGAUUAACUCUGCCAGGUGUUGUAGUGGAGAAGGAAGAUUGGAUUGCCAGUGACCUCUAGACUAUCAUGCCCCAGUCUUAGAGGUUCAAAUAUAAGAAAGAGAAGAAUGGGUUAAAGAAGACAAUCUAGAAAUGAACUGUAUUGAAUCAUCAAGUCUCUGUUGAUUGCUGUUUACUUUAUCUCCCGGUAUUUUUGAGAGAUAUAGUUGUGACAUGCCAGACUUCACAGUUCACUACUGGGACAGAUUCAAUGAUUCAUAAUCCAGUUGACACCAUUGCCACAUUAUGAAAGGAUUCUUAUUUAUAGACCCCCAUAGCUACAAAUUAAGCUCUCUUCUGCAUUUUCAGCUAGGCGUACAGCCACCCAGCUAAAAACUUCAUUCCCCAGCCUCCCUUGCAGUUGGCAUGGCCAUAUAAAAAAGUUCUUGCCAAUGGAAUAUAAGUAGAAAUGACGGUGCAACUUCUGCACCAUUUGCUUAAAAAGAAAUUGUUUGAUUUCCAUGACCUUUCUUUCCCUUCCUGAUCCUGGAGUACAGAUGUGGCGCUGAGUUAGCUUCCACCAUGUGCAACACUAAAAGGGAGAGCAGAAUAGCAAGAUUGAAGGCACCAGAUCCUGGGAUGAUGUUUAUGGAGCAGCGCCAUCCCCAUGUACUUCCAGACUGUUACAUGAGAGAGAUGAACUUCUAUUUUGCCUGUGUGCCUUAUUUGGGGACCUGUUGUUUAUGGCAGUUUCUAGCCUAUACCUAGCAUAUCCGUGUUAGUCCCUCCAGAGAGGGAAACUAGAUUGCUGGAAAUCCCAGUUUGAAAAAAACUUGAUACAUUCUUUUAUACUUUUCAGCUUUUGUGCCAUGUAUAUGUAUUCCCUAGUUAUUAAAAAUUCAUCAGUCGGGCUUCCCUGGUGGCGCAGUGGUUGAGAGUCCGCCUGCCGAUGCAGGAGACACGGGUUCGUGCCCCGGUAAGGGAGGAUCCCAUAUACCGCGGAGUGGCUAGGCCCGUGAGCCAUGGCCGCUGAGCCUGCGCGUCCGGAGCCUGUUCUCCGCAACGGGAGAGGCCACAACAGUGAGAGGCCCGCGUACCGAAAAAAAAAAAAAUUUUUUUCAAUCAGUUCAUUAAUUUUUAAUGCCUUGUGUCCCUGUUAAAUUAAACAAAAACCAAUAUUAUCUUGCUAGAGAGUGCUUUUUCAUGCUGGCUGAGAGAAAGAGCCAUGUGUUUGUUCCCAGACCUUUAAUAUCUUGGCUUCUACCACCACCCUUAGGAGAUAUUUCUAGCAGAGUAUGAUAAAAAGAGCAACAAUUCUUAAAUCAUUAAGUAUAAUGAUAACUAUAAGAACCAAUCACAACAUGAAUGCUAAUGGUUUUAUGGGAACACAAAGCACGAGGAUCUUAGUUCCCCAACCAGGGAUCGAACCCACGCCCCCUGCAGUGGAAGCACGGAGUCUUAACCACUUGACCGCCAGGGAAUUCCCUGUAUUUAUGUUUUAAAGGAGGCUAAGGCACAUGGUUACCUUCCCCCCCACACACACAGACUUAAGUGAGAUUUCAAAAAAUAGUGGGGAACAUAAAAAUGGAUAAAGAGAAAAAAAGAGAAAAAAAAAAAGAAAGAGAAAAAAAAAAAUGGAUAAAGAGAUAUCCUCUGCUCCUGAAAUCACAUUGCCUAUUCAAAAAGCUAAAACUGUCAGACAUAAUCCUCCCCCAGCACCAUUACUUCCCACUUACAAAGUUAUAGCAUUAGAAACAGUAAUUAAAGGCAAACUUUAUUUCUCUUUAAUAAGCAAUUAAUAAUGAAUGUGUUUUGCCCAAGUUAAUGUUUAUAAGGUCCCUAUACCAAGUUUGAGCAAUAAAAUGAUAAUACCAUUUAUCAAAGUAAUUUUACUCAUGAGAAUUUAAGUUUAAUCCAAACUAAUUUAGAAGCUGUAUGUAUGAAGGUGUUCAUAACAUUAUUUACAUCUGAGAGAGGGGAAAUUAUUAGAUAAAUUAUGAUUGUCAAAUAGAUAAAGUAAGGGAUAAUUACAAGAAUCUUUUUAUAAAAAAGGCUGUAUUAACAAAGUUUUAAAAAGCGUUAAAAAAAGCGUAAUACCAAAAAAAGCAUAAUACAAAUGUGUGUGUAUGAGGGUUUCUUAAUCUUGGCACUGUUGACAUUUUGGAUUGGAUAAUUCUUUUUUUGAGAGGGGGCUAUACAUUGUAGUAUGUUUAGCAGCAUUCUUGGCUUCUACCCACAAAAUGCCAGUAGUGCACUCCUGCCCCUAGUAGGGACAAUCAAAAAUGUCUCCAGACAUUUCCAACUGUCUGGGGGGGGGGCGGGGGGAAUCACCCGUGUUUGAGAAUCCUCAUUAGAUGAACUACAUGUAUAGUGUAUAUUCUGUGAUCACAGUUAUAUAAAAUAUAUGCACGUAUAGACAAAGCUGGAAGGAUAUUUGGAAAAAAUUUUAAAGGCUUUUUUUUUCUCUUUUUUUGGCCGCGCUGUGCGACAUGUGGGACCUUAGUUCCCCAACCAGGGAUCGAACGCGUGCCUCCUGCAGUGGAAGCAUGGAGCCCUAACCACAAGGGUUAAAAUAAAAUUAAGUACUGUUAUGAUUCACAAACUCUUCUAAGGAGUUUUAAUCUUUAAAGAUUAUUAUACAUUUCAUUAUUAGAGAUAAUUUUAAUCUCCCCACUAUAAGCAUAUCAUCAAAAGAAACUUUAUUUAGAUGGUUACAAAAUCAUUUUUUAAAAACCCAUAAAGCCAAAUUGAUAUGUGAUUCAGAUAAGGAAGAAGGACAGGAUGACUCAUUAGUACUGGAUGUGAUUCUUAUU